CUCCGCGAAAAAGUUUUAGCGUGAAGACGACCAACCUGCUGAAUGGAAAUGAUCCUCUCUAAGAGAUGACACAAGCCUGUGUUGGUGGAAUAGGCAUGAACAUGGUGUCCCCCUGGACCAGUAGGGACACACUGGAGAGGAAUGUGCCUUUAAUACGCCUGGAGGAUGACGCUGACCUCAGGGAAAUAUAUGAAUUUGGAAAGAAAUUGGGUCAAGGUAGCUUUGGAGUUGUCUAUGAAGCCACGCACAUUGAGACCAAGACUAAAUGGGCUAUUAAGGAGGUUUGCAGACCAGCGGCAGGAAGUUCAACAGCCAAGAUGCUGGGGCAUGAAAUAAACAUCCUUAAACAAGUCAAUCAUCCGCACGUAAUACAUCUACAGGAAGUCUACCACACAGCUAAGAUGACUUAUUUUGUGACUGAGCUGUGCGUUGGAGGUGACCUGAAGCAGCUGUUGCAGCGGAAAAAGUUCCUUACAGAGGACGAGACGAGGCACAUCAUCUGUAGCUUAGCUGACGCCGUUGUCUACCUUCACAGAAGAGACAUAGUGCACCGAGACUUGAAACUUGAGAACAUCCUUGUGAAGGACUAUCUUGAUGAGGAUGAUGACGGCAGGAUUAAUAUCAAGGUGACAGACUUUGGAUUAGCGGUGAAGACAGGAGGCGUAGGGAUUGAGAACAUAAUCAGGGAGGCCUGUGGGACUCUUGUCUAUAUGGCACCUGAAGUGAUGAGCGGCCGUGGUUACAGCCAGUGGUGUGAUGUGUGGAGCAUAGGAGUCGUUAUGUAUAUGUUGCUGUGUGGGGAGCCUCCGUUUGUAUGUAAAACGAAGUCCAAACUUCUUAAGGAGAUUAUGAACAAAGGAGCCAAAUUCACUCAACCCAUCUGGGCCACAGUCAGUGAUGCAGCAAAAAAUCUUUUGACCUGCCUUCUGAAGGCGGACCCUGCUUACCGCAUGUCUGCUAAUCAGCUGCUGGAAAACCCCUGGAUUACAGGAGACACUAAUGUGCCUGCUAUGCCGUCAAACGUGCUGGAGAUGAUGCGCAACCACCUGGAACAGAAAGAGAGAGCACAGACUCUGGGGGACAUGUCCCUCACCUCCUCUGAAGGCACACUGGACUCAUCCCCGCUCCCCCCGGUGGCUUCAACAGAAACAGACAGUGGGAGUCACGCUGAGAGAGACAGCUGCUUGGACCUACCCUCCACGUCCACCAAGCCGUCUCUCGAUGGUGUGAAAGCCUCCACACAGCCGAGCACAAAGCAGCGCAGGCCUCAGAACAAGAAGGACGUCAGUACGGGACAGAAAGCAGCCUCUGAGCUCAGUAAGGCCGACGACCAGAGACCAUCUACCUCUAGUAAAAAUAGGACUGCCCCCCCCAACUCUAAGACCAACGCACAUUCUAAACAAGCUAAACUAAAAAGCCAGCUAUAUCCCUUGUGAAAGAAAACAAAAAUAAGUGGACAAAGUGAGCAUUCAAGAGAGAAACUCAACUAGAGAUGGACACUUUAUUUAAUGUAAUUCUGUUUUAUUUUAUUCUGUGAUUUAGCAGUGAUGUGAAACUGCUGUGUACGGUGCACACUAAGCAGUGACAGCAGUGUCAAAUAAAUGAGCCUCAUAGUACCACAGCAGCUGAGGGUCUGGCCUCAGCAUUGCCUCGUGCCAAAGGAAAGGGCCCUGGUUUGAGAUGUUCUUAGAUUGGGCCAAACUGCUGGAAAAAAGCUUGCUGUUGCACAGCCAACUGUUUAUGAACGUUAUUCAGCACGAAUACAGACUUCAACUUUUUGUAUGGUGGCCAGCAAACACAGACAUUGAAUGAGCUUGUCAGGUUUCACUAGUGGCAUCUAAAUAAAGGAUUGAUUAUAAAGCUACCGUCGUCUAAAGAGGAGAUAAGAGCACCGAACAGCUCAUGCCCAAAUCAAACUGUUAUUUAGUAAUUAACUUACUACCAAGCAGCAUAUUUUGUCAUUGCUUAUAUUUCAUCUCUUUGAUUAUAUAGACUGUGACUAUACUGUAAGCUCCCCCCCCAAAAAAAAAAAAUCUGUCUCUAAAAGUGAAUGCUAAUUUAUUACAUUGGACAAAUAAUAUUUAGCUAUUUUCUUUUUAGGAAUAAUUGUACAAAUUGUUUUCAAAAAAAGGAGUAUUUGUCAGAAAUGUGUGAUUACAAGUCAAAGCCGUUUUUAAAUCUGUAAUAUAAAAGUGUGCAUAUAUAUUUUUAGAACAAGACAUUAAAAGUGCCAAAUAUCAUAAAACACAAAACAGCAAUUUUGCUUGUUUUAUUUUCAAUAACAUGACAUUUUAAUUUUUUUAUAACAACAUGCGUAAUUGCAGAGAAUACGCAAAGACUACAGGAUAUUAUUUUUUUGAUAUCAUAUCACAAUGCCAAAGGGAGCAUUAGGGAUUUACUUUCUUCUGUUCUGACCUCUCAAUUCCAAACGCCCUAUAUGCAGUGACUGCACCCACUCGGUGUGAAAACAGAGAAACCGUCACACAGGCUGGUUACGCUCCAUCUGAAUGCAGAGGAUUGGGACUGAGGGCAGCCGUGGGUCUAAUCUCGUUUGGAGGCCAUUGAAAGCAGUAGGAGCUACUUUGAGGGCACUGCCAUUCAAGCACAGGUUUUUCCGCUGUAGAGAGAAUAAUCCCCAGCAUAGAUACAACAUUAAAGUAGCCAAGCAUAACACACAGAGGCUGAAUUUCAAAUCCACCCAUUUGCAUCUUGAAGUGAAUGAGUGCCAACAAUGGGGCUCCGUGCUCAUGCACAGGCUCUGUGCUUUAGUGUGUCUGUAAAUGCAGUGUGCAUUUGUUGGAAUGGUUUUCAAAAAGGUAUUUCUACUUUGCAGGGUAGAGGUAAUUGUCUUAGAAGUAUGGACACUGUAUGUUAACCUUUAUCAAAUGCAGUCCAGGUAGACUUACUCAUCUUGCGUGAUCUUACUUGACAUAGUAUUUUCAAUGUCUUAUGUUGGAUUUAUUUUUAACCAAACAAACCAGUAGUAUGUGAAUGACAACAUGUUAAUUAUCUUUGUUUUAAGCUGCUUGCCAAAAGACUGCAUCAUUACUGCAAAAUUAUUGACAUACUGUCUGCCUUUGGUUUAAUCGGACCGGUACAAACAGCAGAUGGAGCUGUAGUUAGUUGCUGAAUUUAUUUCCUGGAGUUAAUCUGACAGGAGACUGCUAUCCCUAAAGCAUACUACCUAGUUUUGUGCAUGAAGAUGUGUAAUUAGAAUUGAUUGCUUGAGUCACUGCCUAUUAAAACUGUGAUGUCCAUGUAACGUGUCACUGAUUAAUAUGUUGUAUAGUUAUGUCUUCAUGGUCCAUUCAA